AUGAUCUACAAUUCAAACCCCCUAUUAACGCCACCAUCAACCACACACUACGCGUUCACUGGACAUCUGCGAGCGGGGCAGGAGAAGGCUAUUGGAGGUGUUCGUGUGGUGCAUUCGACAUAUCAAACUGGUUCAGCUAUGGAGCACCCGACUGGGCCAUAUUUCGCAGAAAGUGUCAUUUUUCUUCUUUCCAUGCUCUCAUAUUGCGUCUUCAGCGUUCCAGUGAAAAGCAGCGGUAAAAGAAAUCCUGCAAAUAAAGGAUACUGGUAUUCUAUGCGAUUAGCCAACCCUCCGCCAUCUUCGUCCCUGGUUGGCCUGUACGGAAGGCAUGCUUCUCAUAUGCUUCUCCAUACUCUCGCCUCCCAAGGCUGGAAUAGCCCUCAACCCCUCCAGGCGCGAACCAUAUACGUCGUCUUAUACGUCUUGGACGGUCAACCUCCAGAGGAAUUUCACCCUCCGGUUGCCCCUGUAGAGCAGCGAUGGUGUCCCGCCGAUUCUGAUCUCAUCGUGAGACGACUCAAAGUGAUAGCUCCUGAAGUCAACAUCGCGCAGUUUGGACUGUAUGAUCCUGAGACAGGUAACUGGACCAACCGAGAAAGCCCGUUUGUAGUCGAACCUGGGGAGACUUUCUAUAUCAGAACUUUGGAUGUUCAAGUCUGUUUGGGCCUCCCUGAUCCAAAAGACCCUACUUCUCCUGGAUUUACGACAUCGACACCUACCACCCCAUCAAAGCGUUCCCGGACAGAUUCCAUGUCCUUUGAGGAUUCCCCUCCCAGUCGGAGAUCGCAUAGUGGUGGCAGUUCGAGUAGCCAGCGCAGCGCAGGCAGCCGGAGUGGCCGUCGCAGCUUAACUGGUGGCGUGGGUGGCCGUCAUAGUGUCACAAGCAGCACGGCAUCUCCCCAAUUGCCUCUGGAGUUCAAUGCUUUUCCGUUUGGAAGGUUACACGGUGAUUCCGGUGGUGCAGACGGUCCAUCAGGCAAUGCGGCUGUUCCCUCCUCAGGCGAUAUCUUCUCCAGAGUCCCAGGCGGUCGUACAUUAAGGGAAGGAGCAUCAAGAUCCGGUGGUCACUCUAUCGAUAUUCAACCCGGAUUUUUGUCUCCAUGGCUGACGAUGUAUGUUUGUGAUAUGGAGUAUGGUUUUCAAGAAAUUCAGAGGCUGCAGGAUUUGGAUGAGGCUGCUGGUCGUUUGCCCCGGAGAAUGGAGUACUACUUCUCUGAAGUAUUUAAUACGGAUGUAAAGUCCUUUCCUCUUGUUCAUGGUAAUUUGGCUUAUCCUCCUUUGGCAGAAGAUUCCCUACGUGGAUGGCACCUUUCGGCGGAACAGAAGAAUAUGGAAUGCCAUCCCUGA